AUGGGCCCAGACUGGAGCGAGGAGAGCCUACAAAGUCAUAUUGAAAUAGCACAUCCGCAUCUUACAAGCUCUGAAGGUGUGGUGCAGCUGCUUUGGCGAAGUUUCCAUUUCUACGCAUAUCACCCAUUUUCACAGAAUUCUAUCGGAGGCAGAAUUGACUGGAAAGCCUUCCAGCGCGCCGUUGCAAUGCUAGCCGCCCAAGGCGCUGAUCUGCUCGGAGUUAAAGAAGAGAUCGAAUCAUACUGGCGAUUCGAUGGCGAGAAUCUCUACGAUCAGGCCAAGCUGAAGAGGAUCUUUAGAAGCAUCGGAACACCUGAAAAAUCCACCGAGCUGAGUGAUGAGUCAAGGCACAUAUUGGAAGAGGCUACCGACGUUUUGGCUAUGACACAGCCUUUCUUCAUGCACAAUGGUCCUCAUGAGCAUCAGCUUACUCCAACAGCACAGCGACUCCUUGGGGAAGAUCUGAUCGGGACUCGGCGUCGCGUGACUCAAAAAGACCUUAAAAUGCUGUUGAACAUCCUUAUUCGGCUAAGCUUGUUUAAAGAGAAUUGGGGGCUAAGUUUCCCGUUCGGUGGCUUUGGACCAACCGAGCCUGGCGCCGAUGGACUAGCCAACAUCUUGGCCAGCGAAUUGAAGGGUGGUCAAAGGCAAGAAUACCUGGGGUUUAACCGAGUCAAUCAAAUCAAGCAUCUCCUGCCGAACUUGUACAUUCGGUUUUAUCAGAUGUGGGCCGUUCUUUUCCAGCCCGCUAUGACGAGCAGUUCCGAUGCUCGUGCUCGAGGGUCAAGUCAUAUACCAGGACCGGUCCUUGGUUCAGUCUCAUUGUUCAUUCCCCAUUCGGUAGUCUCUACUCUUAGGGAGUCAAGGGAAGAAGACAGACGCAUUGCCUUGGAAGACCCAAUCCUAUUAAGGGAUAAUGUGACUGCCGCAGUUUUCUCUGACGCCUUGUUCAAAGCCAGUCGCCCUCAUAUACUUCUCGUCACUGGGACUGAUACAUCAACUUCCGAGCUUACAGUAUUCGGAGCAUAUUUGGCUCCGAAAUCAACGGGUGUUGCUUUGCAGCUAUUCUUUCAGCUUCGACCCUCUGUUACGGGUCCUCAAGAGAGCGUCGACAAGGACACUACGUUCUUUGCUGGACAAUCAGCGGAACGGAAUCGCAUUAUAAUCGACCCGGUAAACAAGUUGGCCACUUUAAUGGCCUUUUCAAGAGAUUCCGAGGAUCUUGAGCCUUUGAAGCAGAACGACAGCAGUUCACAUGCCUUGAUCCAAAGGGAGAAUGUUGAGGUUCUGUUCAGUGACGUUACUAUCCUAAGAGUCUCUGGUAGCGUGCCCACAGCAGUGCCGGGUCUGAUAAAAGCGAACUGGACAGGUGAUCCUCUUGUAGGUAUUCCAGAAAAUGCUGAGCUCAGAAUUCAGGGGGAGGAGCUGCGAAGCCGGAUCAUGGGCUUUGGCUCAGGCUGA